AGUGGGAUAACAUUGCUGCCACACAACCAUGGCACCCAAUAUGACUAUGUCUGAGUCUGCACACAGCUACCAGCCCAAGCCUGGCAAGAAGAACAAGGAGGCCAGUGAGCUGAGGAAGACUCUCAAACCUCUGAUGGAGAAACGCAGGAGGGCGAGAAUCAACGAGAGCCUCAACCAGCUGAAAACACUCAUCCUGCCUCUGAUUGGGAAAGAUAACUCCAGAUAUUCCAAACUAGAAAAAGCUGAUAUUUUGGAGAUGACGGUCCGCUUUCUGAAAGACAUCCCCCCUGUCCAAACACAAAGUACUGCAGAGAAAUACCGGGAGGGGUACAGAGCUUGCCUUGAUCGUCUGUCUGGGAUCCUCAGCAAGAGCAAUGUGGUAGCUGGAGAGACCCGCAGCCUCCUCCUGCAGCAGCUGCACAAAGGGCCAGAACUCUGCUUCCAGGACUGCACCAACUCCCCCUGUGCCAAGCAGGGCAGCCCCAGAAUCGUCCUACAUCUCACCCCUAAGAGAUCAGAGAUACUCUGCCCUUCCCCAAACCAGCACCCCACACCAAGACCUGCCCCGAGCCCACCACAGCUCACUAGCUGCGUCUGGAGACCUUGGUGACCCCCAGGGAUGGACACACAAGCUAUAACUGUACCGUGUACUAUACUUAUGCUGUGCAGUGUGUAGUGUGUAGUGUGUACUGCACUGUGUACUAUCACUCUGGUGUGUACGAUCACACACUGACUAUGUUCCUAUUGUAAAUAUGUCACUGACACACAUCCACUCGCUGCGUGCAAAUAUUCUCGGCACAACACUGUGGACAAUUUAGUCCUUAGAGGGGAUUGAAUGUAUGAGGGCACAGUAAGAGGCCUGGUGAACCCAAAGGGUUUAUAUACUCAGUAUGCGGUCUGCAUUAUUUAUUUGGGGGGAAA